AUGGCGUUAUCACAGAACCAAUCAGCGGCUAGUGGACUUUUCCUUCAAGGCUCUCGAGAAUCUGGAGAAGAUGUCCGUAUAGCCAACGUCACAGCGGCCGUCGCUGUUGCAAACAUUGUCAAAUCUUCCUUGGGACCUGUUGGUUUGGAUAAAAUGCUUGUGGAUGAUAUUGGUGAUGUUACAAUCACCAAUGACGGCGCCACGAUUUUGGCUCAGCUGGAAGUAGAACACCCUGCUGCGAGGCUGUUGGUCGAUUUGGCACAGCUUCAGGAUAAAGAAGUAGGUGAUGGAACCACAUCAGUUGUUAUCAUUGCGGCUGAAUUACUCAAACGAGGACAACAACUAGUCCAACAGCAAGGGCUACACCCGACCACAAUCCUCUCAGGGUACCGAGCGGCCUGCAAGGCAGCGGUGGCAUACCUAAAGAAAGAAAUGCUCGUUCCUGUCAAGUCACUGGAAGAUGAUCACCUUCUACAAGCUGCUAGAACCAGUAUGUCUUCAAAGCUUAUUGGAAAGGAAGGGGACUUCUUUGCAAGUCUUGCUGUAGAUGCAACCAAAUCCGUGAAGACCAUCAGUCCAUUUGAUGGAAAAACUAAGUAUCCCCUAUCAGCCAUUCACAUUCUCAAAGCACAUGGGCAGUCUUCGUUGGAAUCGUAUUUGAUGAAAGGAGGCUUCUGUUUAAAUGCCACCCGAGCUGCACAAGGAAUGCCAACCAAUGUUGGCAAUCCAAAAGACGACUCAAGUGAAAUCAAGAUUGCAAUGAUUGAUAUGAACCUGCAAAAGCACCGCAUGGCAAUGGGUGUUUCCAUUCAAGUAAAAGACCCCAAGGAGGUCGAGAAUAUUAAGAAGCGAGAAAUGGAUAUAACAAAAGAGAAGAUACAAAAGAUUUUGGACGCUGGUGCCAAUGUUGUUUUGACAACCAAGGGGAUUGAUGACCUCUGUAUGAAGUAUUUUGUCGAAGCAGGUGUGUUAUGCGCUCGUCGCUGUCCGAAGGAGGAUCUCAAGCGUCUCGCUAAGGCCACAGGAGGACAACUUGUAAUUACAAUGGCUGAUAUGGAAGGAAAUGAAUCCUUUGAUCCAGAAUCACUAGGCACAUGCAAAGCAGUCCAAGAAGUUCGAGUUGGAGAUGGAGAGAUGUUGCACGUUCUAGGCUGCAAGGGAUCCGGCGCCUCGACGAUUGUCCUGCGUGGUGCCAAUGAAUACAUGUUGGAUGAAAUGGAUCGUGCCCUUCAUGAUUCUUUAUGUGUUGUGAAACGAAUGUUGGAAUCGAACACCUUGGUUCCUGGGGGCGGAGCAGUUGAGGUUGCCCUCAAUGUGUACUUGCAAGAAUACGCGACAACCCUAGAUACACGAGAGCAGUUGGCAAUAGAAGCAUUCGCCGAUGCUUUGUUGGUCAUCCCGAAGACAUUAGCAGUGAAUGCCGCAAAGGAUAGUGCAGAGUUGGUGUCCAAAUUGCGAUCUAUACAUGCAAAGAGUCAGCGCAAUAAAGAACAUGCUGCAUUGAAAACUUAUGGGCUCGAUCUAGUUGAAGGCAAAAUUCGAGACAAUUUGGCGGCUGGAGUCGUUGAACCGGCCAUGUCGAAGAUCAAAUCUCUGCGGUUUGCAACCGAAGCUGCGAUUACCAUUCUUCGAAUUGACGACCGUAUCCAAGUGAACCCAAGCCAAGGACAGCCAGGGCGAUAA